AGAACGUUAAGGAGGGAAGUCAGUGCCCGAUGUUUCAAUUCCACAACUUAAAGAAGAAGAUUCUUGAUCCUUCUUGUAUUGAUAAUGAAACUCUCCAUCCACCUCAAUAAUUAAAUAAAUAUACAUAGUACACACUAAUUUAUUUUCAGUCAUUUUUUUUAAUUUAUUUAUUUAAUACACCUUGGAAACUUUUAGCCUCCUAUAAAUAUGAGCUUGUGGCUACAAUUUCAGUCCACUAUACCCACACUUUCAUCAAUUCAGUUAAGCAAAAAAUAGCAACAAAUACACACACUCCCUUUGUCUCCAUACACAUAAUUCUCUCUCUCCUUAGUACCAAACGGUACACUCUUUCUUUCUAGUUCUACAGUCUUUUUCUUUCAGUCCUUCGAUCCUUUUUCCAAAUCUUAACACAAAAAUCAGCUUGUUUUGAUCAAAGGGAGCACAGGAAAAAUGGGAGUUUCAGGCACUUUGGAGUAUUUGUCCGACUUGAUCGCCAGCAAGACGGCCAAGAAAAAGAAAACCACGACCACAGUUGCUCUUAAGAUCAGGAUGGAUUGUGAAGGAUGUGCACGUAAAGUUAAAAAGACCCUCGAAGGUGUCAAAGGUGCGAAAUCGGUGGAUGUGGAUUUGAAGCAGCAAAAGGCAACUGUGACGGGAUUUGUGGAUGCAAAGAAAGUUUUGAAGGCAGCUCAAUCAACUAAGAAGAAGGUUGAGCUGUGGCCUUAUGUGCCAUACACCAUGAUUGCACAUCCAUAUGCUGCAGGGGUUUAUGACAAAAAAGCACCACCAAAUUUUGUGAGGAAAACUGCCGAGCCUGGUGUUGCUACAUUAAAUCCUGUUGAAGAACAGUAUACUUUGAUGUUUAGUGAUGAGAAUCCGAAUGCAUGUUCUAUCAUGUAACACGUAUGUACAUAUCUAUAAUUAAUUAUGUCUCUUUCCUUUUCAUUUUCUUGCUCCUCUAGCAUUAUUAAAUUUCGUAGUAUACCGCUCCCUCUAACCAUAAAUGUAGUCCAAGUUGUUGAAUCAAUUUCAACAAUUUGUUCUAUUCUUUUAUUAUUUUCUGGAUACAUGAAUCAUGAGA